AUGUCGAGCCAAAGCAUCCCUGAGCAUGUCGACUUGCUCGGCAAUCCAACGCCGGUGAUGAAAUGGCUUGAGGAGCAAGACGUGGGAAGCCAACAGAGUCAUGCUAUGAGCAUCUUCGACACGAUCCUGGGAGAAGCCGCUCAGCCUAGAUCUGUCUCGGGGAACGCCUGUGUGCGGCUUUGUGGCUUUGUAGAGCGGGUGUCCAAGUCUGAGUCAGAGCCGCUUCAGUUGUGGGCGUUUUCCCGUGAUGUGACUUUGCGGCUUUACGACUUCUACAUUGAUUGGAAUGAGUUUGACCAUCACCGAUCCAUGAGGCUUGUCCUGGACCUGAUAGCGCAGCUUCUCCGGCGGAAUCCCAAUCAAAAGGCGGCUCUGGAGACGCGGGAUAUCCUGCUGGAUAACCUAGUCUCGAUUGUAAUCGGCCGCUCUACGAAACCUGUAGCUAAAUCGGCCCUCAAGACCCUUGACUACUUCCUCGUCAAGGGUGUUUUCAGCUUGGAUCAUGUCAAAGCUACCCAUCUCUCAUAUCACCAGGAGCUGGCUAAUGCUGCCGACAUAGAGAUAUGGAAGUUCUUGACCAUAGAAUUGUUGCAUUGGACCCGAUUACACUUCAUCUGCCCAGCGGCCGGAAAGUUCAUAGUGAGCUUGUUCCGUGCCCUGAGGCAAAGGGGUCAAGACGACUCUACGGGAUUGAGCAUAGAGACAUGGCAUCGAUGGCUGCUUGAUUUCCUGACGCAAGAGCCGGUUCUUCUGGAAAACUUCAAAAACUAUAUUUUCCUCCCGCUCUUCAAGGUCGAUAGGCCAGAAGGCCUGAAGUUCCUGCAAAUAGUCAACCAGCAUGAGUCAAAACCAGUCUCAGCCGUUACACCCGCCAACGACGACUUUGACGCAAGCGCACUGCUUACCUUGGCUACUCUAGAAACUGGAAAGAAAGUUGGUCUUGUCGAGGAGCCUUACAUUGGCAGCGACCAGGCAAAUGAGGACAACUCGGCCAUCACUCUCCGGGAGAUUACCCUUGAGAAUGUGCUUACACACCCAUCUCACGAAGUUCGGACGUCAGCUCUGAGUCUCCUCAUCAGUUCUCCGUCAACGACGAGGCCAUACUCUGCCACAACCCUGGGCCUCCUCAAGAGACAUUUGGCCACAUAUUUUGCCGAUCCAGAUGCCAAGUUUCGGGUAGAUGUUUGCGCUCGGGUAAGAGACAUGUUCAAACGGGUUCGAGGAGCAAUCUCGAUUUUGAAGAAGAGUAUACCGCGAGCCAGGGCAAAGGCUCGAAAGAACGCCUCGAAAGACGCAGCAUCUACCGCCAGCAAGCAAGCACUAUACCGGACCAAUAUAAUCUCAUGGCCAGAAUCUGAGUUGGUGCACUGCCUAGAGUACCACGAGAAGUUCCUUCACUGGUAUCUACGGUUCUUGUGUGGCGAACUCUCCCCUACGGCUUCUUACCAGCGACACAUUACAUCUUUGAAAAGCUUGAUAUCCAUACUUCGCAUGGAGGGGGAUAGCACGAAGACUUGGGAAACGGAAGAGGACCAGCAGCUGUUCUUUGACUAUUUCGACGGGAAAUGGAUGCGAGCGCUUGCUGAUCUAGUAAUGGAUCCGUUCGACGACGUUCGGGAUACCGCCUCACUUGCACUGGCCCAACUUUUCGCUGACAAGAGGUAUCGAAACUUCACUCUCAGCCCCGCAGGCUCGAGCCAGAAGCCUUCCAAGGAGCUUGAUGAACUCUUACGUCGAGCUGAAGAGGUGUCAGUUCGGACGGCCAGAGCUGAUCACUCUGACGGUGUCGCUAGAGCCUCGCAAUUGCUCUACAAAUUCUCGGACACAGAAGAUGAGAGACUGAGGCUUCUUUCUAAACUUGUCGACACCUUGGAUCAGAAGGUUUCAAGGGCCGAGGCAGACUUGGGACAAGCCGUUUUGGAGCAGCCGCUGCAUAGUACGUUUGCAUCGCUGUGCUUCACUUGGCAAGCGGUGUCUGAAAAGAAGUUGUCAGUAUUCGAGGCAGAGUCUGCGACUGCACUGCAGGAUAGAAUGAUCGCCUGCUGUGAACGAGUGUGGAAAGCUGUCCGCGAGGUUCUCUGCGAUGACUCUCCUGAGGGGCACCUCCCAGAAGAGAUGGAGGAUACUGAAGGGCUUGAUACAAAGGGUCUUUUGAGUUACAGUUUUCGUGCCAUUCAUGAGUCCAGCAAUCUCAUGCGAACAAUAGCGCUUAGCAUGAGAAAUCGCUCCCGCGAGGGACUCAUUACACCAUCUCGGAAAGCCUUUGAAACCAUUGGCAACCUGGCAUUCGAGCAGCUUGCCAACCUGAGGCAUCGCGGUGCGUUUACAACGGUGGCUGCGACCUUUGCCACCUGUUGUCAGUUGACCAAACAUUUGGAUUCUGUCGAGGGCGGAGAAUCCCUACUCGACGUAUGGUACAAGGGCACGUUGAACGAGAUCUUCACUCAGAGGUCGACUACUCGCAGAUCUGCUGGAAUCCCCUCGAUGAUGACUGGAAUUCUUUCAGCAAACGCAUCCAACCCGUCCUUCGAAGACGCAAUGGCCAAGCUCAUUGAGAUCGCAAGCAUCGAAGCCCGAGUAAUAGAAACAGACGGCUCCAACUUGCCUCAAGUUCACGCCUACAACUGCCUCAAAGACAUCUUCAAGAACUCGUUGCUGACAUCCAUGGGGAACAAAUCCGAGAAAUAUCUUCCCCAGUGUCUCGAGCUAGCGGCCAGUGGGCUCAGGUCCGAGGUCUGGGCCAUUCGCAACUGCGGCUUGAUUUUCCUUCGCAGCCUGAUCGAUAGUCUCUUCGGAUCCCAGGAGAGCAAGGCGAUGAUCGAAGCAGGCUGGGAUGGGAAAGCCAACAGAAUUCCCUACCACCGCUACCCCAACCUUCCGACGGUGCUGGCAGGUCUCUUGAAAUCCGGCCACAAGAUGGUCACAUCGACGAAUGCCACUUCGUCUGCUGAAUCCGUCUUCCCGGCACUGGACAUCAUCCGUCGGGCAGGACCCCCUGACCUUCUUCGGGAUGAGAUCCAGAUCCAUGUCGCUGCCUACUUGUCGAGCCCUGUAUGGCAUGUGCGCGAAAUUGCUGCUAGGACACUCUGCUCUUGUUUGCUCCACGACAAGUGGCUCGCCGUCAUGCAAGGCUUGGUGUCCAAAUCUUUGAGCGACAAGGGCAUCAACGGCCAGAACCAUGUCCAUGGAGUCCUCCUGUCACUCAAGUUUCUCAUUGAGAGGUUCAGCGAAGUAGCACCGGAUCGUCUAUUAGCUGACUUGCCCAAUUUGACGUCUUUCCUUGAGACAAGCCACAUUGACAGCAGAUAUGUGCACUGCCCUGAGAUUAUCGCCGCAUAUCUGGAAGUCGUCAACAUGAUAUGGAUGUCCCAGAUAUCCAGAUCCCAACCCUUACAGCCCUCCAAGGUCCUGAUACCCACGAGAAACGUAUCUGCGUUGCUCAAAGCCCAAAGCAUCAUCAGCAUGAUCCUCUCAGCAUCACAGGAGCACGACCCCGUGGACGAAGUCAAAUCUCUCCUCUUUGGCAGCCGCCUCGGCGCCGACACCAUGGUUGCUGCUCUUGAAUCGUUACAGAAACUCUGGCAUUCAGCCUCGACUCCUGACUCCAUUCGAGUAGCCCUGUGCGAUCUGUACAUUGAGGCUUGUCUCAAGACGAGCUUUACGGAGCCUCAAGUGGUGGCCAUUGAGAACUUGGUCGAGUUGAUGAACCAGCUUAUUGCCGAAGACAAGCUCGACUCGCUGCCCAUUGACUCGCUCCUGAGCAUGUGGGCAGUACUGCCCCAGCGCUCGCUCAACCCCUCUCUGUCCAAUGCCAUUGUGAGAGUCAGUGGGUGCUUGGUAGCCCUAAUGAGCCAUACUAAGCGCCUCUCGACGUCCGCUCUUCGGAAUUGGGGCGCCAUGAUGGCUGAUGCAGGGUCAGAUGACAAGAGUUUCGACACCCGCUUCGCAGCAGCCCAAUCCCUCUGCUCAUUCUUCAGCGUCACCAAAACACACUGCACCAGCGAAGAAUACCUCCCCGUGAUACUACCCCUCUACGACGUCCUAAACGACGACGACGACGAAGUCCGCGAAGCAGGAUCCACCGCAGCGAGGCACAUCCUCGGCCAGAACCUCGCCCCCCUGGAAGCAUCCAGCAGCCUCCUCCACUGGCUCGCCAAGCACUUUUCCAGCAGCGCCGAGCUCAAGGGCAUUGUCGCAAGCCGCAUCACAGGCCAUGCCGCCGCCGCCGCCGCCGCCGAUCAUCCAUGGAAAUCGCCUGAAGAGCAGCUCCGUGCCGCGCUCAGGGCGGAUGACUCCCUGUUUGCCGUGGAGGAGCAGAAUCUCUUCGUAGAUGAGGUGCGCGAGGCUACUCGCUGGAAUGCAGUCUUCGAAAGCCUCGAGUGGGACGGUGAGGCAUCGGAGCAAGAUGGCAAGAUCCUCGACAAGCUGGACGAGUGGGUUGGCAAAGGGCUGGAUCAGAUGCAGCAGUUGGUGAGGCAAGAGGACGGGCCUCUUGGCUGGGCGUCGAAUGCUCACGUCUUUGCCAUUGGGACGUAUAUUCUUCGCGGCGCGGUGACGUUGAAUAAGGGUCAUGGCUCGCCUAGGUUACGCAAGGCUGUGCAGGAUAUCAAGGAAUUGUUGAAGGAGCCGCGUCAUCACCGUGUUUCGAGACUACUCGUGGAACCCCUAGAGGAGGCAUAG